GUAGGUCCUGGAUGCUACAAGUCCUGUGAUGAAUAAAGCUCGUGGCAGUGAAAGGACGGUAUACAGAGCCAAAUUCAGCUCCAUUACUGACACAGACAUUUGCAAUGCCAUGAACCACUUAGGAGAGCCCAAUCACAAUGAAGCACUAUCAGUGGAUGCCCGUCAGGAGCUGGAUCUGAGAAUUGGUUGUGCGUUUACAAGGUUUCAAACCAAAUACUUCCAGGGGAAAUAUGGCAAUUUAGACAGCUCAUUGAUCUCCUUUGGGCCCUGUCAAACUCCAACGCUGGGGUUUUGUGUGGAGCGGCAUGAUAAAAUCCAGUCUUUCAAGCCUGAAACUUAUUGGGUGUUGCAAGCCAAGGUUAGUCAUGAAAAAGACAGUUGUCUGACUUUGGACUGGGAUAGAGUGAGAGUCUUUGACAGAGAGAUUGCUCAAAUGUUCCUAAACAUAACAAAGGCAGCAAAGGAUGCAAAGGUAGAAUCUGUAAGCAGAAAGGAGAAGGCUAAGCAAAGACCUCUGGCUCUGAAUACUGUUGAAAUGUUAAGAGUUGCCAGUGCUGCUUUGGGAAUGGGACCACAACAUGCUAUGCAAAUAGCCGAACGGCUUUAUACUCAGGGUUAUAUUAGUUACCCUCGAACAGAAACUACCCAUUACCCGGAAAACUUUGACUUGAAGGGCUCUUUGCGGCAGCAGGCUAAUAAUCCUUACUGGGCCGAAACAGUAAAUUCACUACUGGCUGAAGGUAUUAACAGACCGAGAAAAGGCCAUGAUGCUGGGGACCAUCCUCCUAUAACACCAAUGAGAUCUGCCACAGAAGCAGAACUAGGUGGUGAUGGAUGGAGACUGUAUGAAUAUAUUACUAGGCAUUUCAUUGCCACUGUCAGUGCUGACUGCAAAUUCCUCCAGACAACCAUUGCUUGCAGCAUUGGACCAGAACGUUUUACCUGUAUAGGUAAAACUGUUAUUUCACUAGGUUUUACAGAGAUCAUGCCUUGGCAGAGCAUCCCACCAGAAGAGAAUCUGCCCAGCUGUGAGAAAGGAGAUGUCUUCCCUAUCAGUGAAGUAAAACUGUUGGAGAAACAAACCAAUCCUCCUGACUACUUGACAGAAGCUGAGCUCAUCACUCUGAUGGAAAAGCAUGGAAUUGGAACGGAUGCCAGCAUUCCAGUUCAUAUCAACAACAUCUGCCAGCGCAACUAUGUCACUGUGGAGAAUGGCCGCAGACUGAAGCCUACAAACCUGGGCAUCGUUCUGGUCCAUGGCUACUAUAAAAUAGAUGCUGAGCUUGUGCUUCCCACAAUCCGCAGUGCAGUAGAGAAACAGCUUAAUCUAAUUGCUCAGGGUAAAGCAGAUUAUCACCAGGUCCUGGAACACACCCUGGAUAUCUUCAAAAGAAAGUUUCACUAUUUUGUUGAUUCAAUCGCUGGUAUGGAUGAAUUGAUGGAAGUGUCUUUUUCACCACUGGCUGCCACAGGCAAACCCCUUUCCCGCUGUGGAAAAUGUCACCGUUUCAUGAAAUAUAUCCAGGCAAAGCCAAGCCGUCUACACUGUUCCCACUGUGAUGAGACCUACAGUCUUCCUCAGAAUGGUACCAUCAAACUCUACAAAGAGUUACGGUGCCCCUUGGAUGAUUUUGAAUUGGUGCUUUGGUCCUCGGGAUCAAGAGGGAAGAGCUACCCACUGUGCCCUUACUGUUAUAACCACCCCCCUUUCAGGGACAUGAAAAAAGGAAUGGGUUGCAAUGAGUGCACCCACCCCACCUGCCAGCACUCUCUGAACAUGCUUGGAAUUGGACAGUGCGUGGAAUGUGAGAAUGGAGUGCUGGUGCUUGACCCAAUCUCUGGGCCCAAAUGGAAGAUGGCCUGCAACAAAUGCAACGUGGUAGUGCAUUUCUUUGAAAAUGCCCACAAGGUACGCGUGUCGGCAGAGACCUGUGAGUCAUGUGACGCUGCGCUGGUGGAUGUCGAUUUCAAUAAAGCCAAGUCUCCCCUCCCUGGCAAUGAGACCCAGCACUCUGGCUGUGUCUUCUGUGACCCUGUGUUCCAGGAUCUGGUUGAACUGAAGCAUGCAGCCAUGAAGCACCCUAUGCACCGUGGAGGGCAGGGAAAAAGACAGGGACGGGGACGAGGAAAGGGCAGGAGGCCCGGAGGAAGGCCCAAUCCAAGGAAACCAAGAGACAAAAUGGCUGCUCUGGCUGCGUAUUUUGUGUAACUACCUUACAGCUACUAUUAAAUAACUAAAUACCA